GUGAAUUUAUUCAGUGGCGAGUCACAUCUGCCACGUCACAGUGUUGUUAAACAGACAUGUGGUUUUUAUAGGAAGAGCGCUUGUGCAGCGAAAAGCCACCACGUCCUUGAACACUGUCGCUGAAGCAUUUGCUAGAACGAGAUCAUCCUUAACCACGAGGAGGUUAUUUGGCAAACCAGCCACUGAUGACAGUUGCGGGCCAUAACACUUAACAUUGGCAAAUACGAGGAAUCAGUAUCGUGUUGUCCCCCUAACCUGGAAGGCGGAAUGGACCAACUGGUGAUAAACGUGCGAUCGUCUUCUUCAUGCCCCUUUUCCAUGUCAAUGAUUGUGCACCGUGACAGUUCUUUCGAUCGCUUCCGGGAAUCGAUCACCGUGCCUGACGUGUUUUGUCGGCUAACACCGCGCCUGGCUGCCUGAGCCUCCAAACCCGCCAUUCUAGGUAUGGUAGAAGAACAUCAGAUUGCGCUGUAGUCGAAUGCGCUUUAUUGGUUCUAGUAGUGCGCGUCAGUGCGUGGUCAGGAAACAUCUUAACCAGUUGUCAUGGCAUUCGUCACAAAUUGUGUAAUCCAAAAUGACGAGUGCGCUUGGGUUGUAUUCCACAUAUCUAAUUACCGAUCGUAACUAUUAUUUGAUUCUUCUCUGGAUGCUAUGCAUACCUGUUCACCUUUUCAAUGUCAUCUCCUCCUUUAUAAAUGACACUAUUGGUGAUAAUUAUUAGGUGCUUCCACCUCAUAACAUCCCACUCCCCGACAAGUUUUGAAGUUGUUUGAUCUCACCAGGUAGUGAUAGCAGGACUGUGACCGGAGUUUCGGGACAGUGGGAUGUCGGCCGAAACCUCUAUCCAUAAGCCACCGUGCAACGUUUGUCACAACUGAUGGGGGGUCAUUUUAAUGGAUGGACAAAAAAGCAGGUGCUUAGCAAGUCUCGUAGGAUUCUCAGAAUAAGAACCACAACAUGGUGAAUAGAAAACCAAGUGAUAACUUGGAAAUCGUUUUGGUGGACUCCCCAAAGUGCUUACACAGGCAUGCAGAAAGAGUCAAUCUCAGUCGUGUAGGUUAUUUUUGGUUGUGCAACUUUCGUCACAUUAUAUCGUCUGUCAUGAUACACAGGCUAUAUCUCAUAAUAUGGGUUGGUUAGGGCGAAAUCAAAACGUUUUUUGCACAGAUAAAUUGGGGGCGGAAACAAGGUAAUUUCGGAGGGCGUUCCAUGGUUGGCACACACGAAGAGAGUAAAAGUUCAGUCGAUAUUCUAGCUGACUGUAUUACAUGGCCAAAUUGAACUGGCGGCCCCACAAAUUUGUGUUGUGGCUCAAUUGUAGUAGGUGGUGGCAGACGUGAUUGCGGUUCCUUAGAAUCAGCUAGGUCAUUAUAAGGUUGCCACGUAUGCGCCGGUAGCGGCCACUGUAUAAUUUUAGAGUCCUUAGUCUAACUUGAUAAGGAAGGUUGACGAACUUCGUGGCUCGUCGCUGUGGAGUCUCAAACGCUGCAAGGUCAUUAUUGUGCCAGGACUGCCAGACCUGGAUUGCGUAUUCCACAUGAGGCCGCACAUAGGUGUUGAGCAACUGCGAACAGACAGAGGGAUGAAACUGCCCGAAUGCCCUCCUCAACAUGCUAACGUGUUGGUUUCCAGUCUUUGACGCCUUCUCAAAUUGUUCUGAGCGGUCCAGAUCAGCUUUGACUAGUACUCCACUGUCGCGCCCCCGGAUGACUCCUUGCAGGACACGGUCCCCAAGGUUGUAGGUGAUCUUCGGCUGGUGGCAAAUUUGAACCACCUUACACUCCCCCGAAUUGAACUGGAGCAGAUUGUGGAGUGACCAUCCAUACGCUCUGUCCAGAUCUCAUGGGAGUGCAUCGUGAUCUCCUGCGUCGACGAUCGUCUGGCACAUGUUAACAUAACCAGCGAACAGCAAGAAAUCCGAGGCAAUCAAAUGCGUAAGUACCUGCUGCGUGUAUGGAGUGCGACGCACUAUCUUAAGCGAUGGUCUGUCUUUCACUCGGAGGUGAAUUUGCACCAGUUAGGUGUUGCCCGGCGGUAAAACUGCACUUCUCUGGCGUGAAGGCAACCGGAUUUACCGUACCUCAAUACAAGGAUCGCAGUUGAGUAGGCGUACAGAAUUGAUGAAUUGUUGCCUGCAACAGCUGACUUGCCUCACACCAUUCGACUGUUUAACCAAUUCAAUCGAUCAGUACAAAGGUUCACACUUGAGCCAUGUGAUCAUCCAACUUUGGGAGUGCAUUGCAAUCUGGUGCAUCAUGACGUAUUCAUCAGACAGUUCCGCAAGACUAUGCUUCGGUCGAAUGCCAACAAUGGAGUUUGAAAAAUUUUUGCUAGCGCCCUACACAGAAAACGCUGAGAAUAUAGAUCAGCGACGGAUCGAGAUUCCAAUACAUUUUGGUGUACCUAUGUUGGUAUUACGACAAAAACACGAGAUGGAGUUGUCCAUCGGGAGAAGCUUUAUUGAAGCUGAGCCACCCCAGAAGGCGCUGGUAGAUUUAUUGGUGGAUAGGUUAAUUUUAAAUUGCACCACAACCGAGGAUAUGAUAAUAAUGCUUUCGCGCGUCAAGCCGUCACUAAUUUUCCAUGCCAUCUUGGAGAUGUUGCGUCGGUUACCAGAACCGUUGUUCGUUAUGUCCCCCAAAGGAGCUCAGAUAGCUUCGAAAAUUUCUCUAAUGGAACCACCUCAUUCUUAUGAUUUCCAAAUUGAGGAAGAGUUGUACAAAGAAAUCUUGCGACAGAAUGCAGAGCAGGGAGAAGAAAAUGCACCACGUUUUAAGCGGACCAAGCAGCGGGCCAAUGACACAAUACAGCCAUUAAUACAGAAACAUUAUCGCUGCGAAGAACGUAACAGACAGAAGUAUGUGAAAAUGUUGAACAAAUUUAAUAAAUGUGUUUAUCACGACAUUCACAUGAUCACCGAUAUGAACCAAAGAAGUUUACUUCGUUUUAUCAUACGAAAUGUGAUUUUCCUGGCUCGGCGGUACACCAUAUCCUGUUUUCGCCGCUUACGUGAACAGCGUAACGAGCGAUGGCCCAUCGCACGUAUUACCACAUGGCCACAUAUCUGGGCCUAUGCGAACAGACGCAUGGCGGAGUUCGUGGGUCCCGUACUGAUUGGACAGCCCGCUGGUAUGGAACGGCAUGCCGGACUGGAACAGUGUGUGAUGAUGAACCUCUUGGUGUGCGGAACCGAUCACCUUUGGUUACCGGGAAAACAACCAAAGGAUAUUACGGUCAGUUUGGAAUCAUCUUACUGUCACUCCAACUGUGUAUGCGGAAUGGGUUUGAAUGUGAUCGUCGCCCAGAGUUCAAAGUCAAAGUAGGGUGAGUUCAACAACACGUCCCCCAGUCAGAAAACAGACUUGACUGAGGACGAAGUGAAAUGCUACAAAUUUCUUUCCGUGGAUAACGGUCACCGGAAUUGAAUUGCUGACAUUCACAUGUUCAAUAAGUCUUCAGAUUGGUGUGCUAUCCACAAAAGGUAGUUCUGUAUGACUAAUACGGUUUAGGUUGGCACUCAAGAGUGGGUAGAAGCUUUCGCCUAAGGAGCGCUCCGUUUCAUGUGUAUACUGCGAUUCGAAAUUUUCAGUGCUUUGACGUUAGAUUUAACAUUUUUCGCUUCUAUAACCACUGAGGGGUGACCCUUAUUGCUCUUCAUAAAUUUCUCACUGCACUUUUACUCGCUAAUGGGCCAGUUAAGGAUACCGGC